AGCUGCGGCAGCAAAGACAACAAAAGCUUGAUGAGAAGAUGCCAACAACCACCGGUCCAGUCCAGUCCACCACCACCCCCCUCUCCGUCACUUUGCUUUGCAGACAAUCUCUCUUUCUCCAGUCCCUCCGAAAGAUCCCCAUCAUCUGAUCUCUUCCUCCCCAUUCCCCAUCACAGUCCCAACCUCGACAAAGCGCCAUGGAUCGAGCGCCUACACACACAGACGCUCCCCCGCAUUCUCCCCUCGUCUCACCACAAUGAUUUGGCCCAGCGACUCCCAGAGAUCCUCUGCUAGCACCUGACAGCUCAGUCGUCUUCGUUUCUUCCUUCGCCUUUUUCUUUCUCCCCUGCUGUGUUGAAGCCGGUGCCAAGAUUUGGUGCUGGGAGGAGGAGGAGGCAAUGGCGUCUUCGCCGCCGGCAAUCGUCGGGACGGAGCCCACCUGGGUGCCCUACGAGCCAACCAGGGACUGCUCCCAGGGGCUGUGCAGCCUCUACUGCCCCCAGUGGUGCUACUUCAUCUUCCCCCCGCCGCCGCCUUUCGACCUCGCCAGCCCCGGCCCGGACGACUCCUCCGGCCACGUCUUCUCCCCGCUCGUCAUCGCCAUCAUCGGGGUGCUGGCCACCGCCUUCCUCCUCGUCAGCUACUACACCUUCAUCUCCAAGUACUGCGGCACCUUCGCCUCCCUCAGGAGGAGGUUCUUUGGCCCCGGCUCCGGCUCCGGCGGCGGCUCCCGCGGCGGUGGGGGCGGCGGCAGCGGUGGUGGGGGCGGCCACGGGCAGUCCAGGAGCCAGGAGUCGUGGAACGUGUCGCCGGCGAGCGGGCUGGACGAGACGCUGAUCAACAAGAUCGCGGUGUGCAAGUACCGGCGCGGCGAGGGGCCCGUCCUCCACACCACCGACUGCUCGGUCUGCCUCGGCGAGUUCCACGACGGGGAGAGCCUCCGUCUCCUCCCGAAAUGCAGCCAUGCGUUCCAUCAGCAAUGCAUCGACACUUGGCUCAAGUCGCACUCCAAUUGCCCACUCUGCCGCUCCAACAUCACCUUCGUCGCCGUCGAGGUGGCGCCGCAGGAUCCGGAGGGCUGUGCUCCAGGCGACGACGACCGGAGCACUCAUCAGCAUCAGGUGGUUGUUGAGAUGGAUGAAUUGGAGAACAUGUGUGAAGAGCAGCAGCAUGCAGUGAGCAGUGGUGGCGUCAGCGUCAGAGCUGACCGCGAUGAUCAGGAGGCUGAGGACAGCAGAGAAGGAACAGAGGAGGAGGAUGGCAAUGGCACGGCGGAGAUCAGAGAAGAAGGCGUGCCACAACCGAAGACGGGGUCCAACCUGCACCGUGACAGCCGCAUGUCCAUCGCCGACGUGCUGCAGUCCACCAUGGAGGACGAGCUGAUCGCGGCCAGGGAGAGCGGGCUCCUUGCCGGCGGCGCCGGCACGUCGAGGCGGUGCCGCGGGGAGAACAGCAGCAGCGGACGGGGCCGCAACCGGCGCGCAUUGCAGGACGACACGGUGCCGCCGAUGAAGAGGUUGCCGCCCGGCGGCAGGUCGUGCUUCAGCAGCAAGAGCGGCAGGGGAGUCGUCGAUUCGGACAAUCCAGUGCGAGGUGGCCAGCCGUGACGAUCCUGGACAAGCUUCCGUCCCGUUUCUGCGCAUGAUGGGACGCCAAUGAGGACCAUAUCAUUCAUCAUCAUAAUUCAGAGGUGUCGUCGUCCUGUGAUAACGCUGAUUUCCCUUGGUUUGGUUGCAGCAUGUGAUGCUACUGCCAAAUCCAUGCUUGGGUAACAUCUCCUGCGAUGAUAGUUCAGCAGGCGUUGGAUCUUUUCGUUUUUUUGCACUUCCAAGUUCCAACUCAUGACAUAGUAGGUUCGUCUCCCCCACCACACAGUCCAGUGGACAUGUUUUGCUGUGGGUGCAGUUACUGCAGUAACAGGCUCAAGUUUUCACCGCCCUGAAUGGUCUUUUUCUCUUCAACUUUUGUGUGUGUUUAUGCCUUUGCAAAUUAGUUGUAAAAAGAGACGCGAGUGUGUGGAAUCCGAAGGAUCAGAUCUUGGCUGAAAUGUUAGUACUACUAGGAGCUUGGAAUUGUUCUCUUGCAUACAGCAGUUCAAAUUCAGGGACACUAUCUACUUA